AUGGCAGCGCCGCGGGCCGUGCCCGCGUGGGCUUGGCUGUGGAUCCUGCUGCUGGGCGCAGCGGCGUGCGGUGGCGCCAGGGUGGGGCUGUCCUGGACGGCGCAGCAGCCGAGGCUGAUGGGAGACACGGCGCUCAGGAGCCUGGCGAGCGAAAUCUCGCCCAGGCUCGGAAGGGUCCCAGAUCCACGGAGCAGGGUCGACUUCUCGGUAGCUUUGCACGAUGGGGUUCAGAGCGCCCGAAAACUUAGACAAGCAGCAACAGAAGACAAGAAUGAAAUGCUUUUGGAUGCUGCUGCUGACGGCGACGUGGAUGAAGUGAAACAACUACUUGAAGAUGGAGCAGACGUAAACACUACAGAUGACAGUGGAAACACACCCUUGAUUCUUGGUGCUAUCAGCGGUUCCAGUGAAGUCGUGAGGGUCCUUUUGGAGGCUGGCACUGACAUCAAUGCCCAAGGAGAAAUUGAAGGAACUGCACUUCGUUUGGCUGCGCCGCUGGGCAAUGCUACCAUAGUUGAGCUUCUGGUUGUGGAGGGUGCGGACACUGAGAUUCCAGAUGAGGAUGGAAUCACACCUCUGUAUGCUGCUGUAGAUGCGGAGGAGCUCUCUGUUGUGAAAGUCUUAGUGGAGGCAGGUGCUGAUGUGAAUACUGAUGCUGCACGUGACGAAUCCACACCCCUCAUGCAGUCGGGCCGGCUGCAGACCGCUGAUGUCAUGAAGGAGCUUCUGGAUGCAAAUGCCACAGUGGAUGCCGAGACACGAAAUGGCAGGACAGCACUGCACUUUGCGUCCGCAUUCGGAACCGCAGAAAUGAUCAACUUGCUGUUGGAUGCGGGAGCAGACAUCGAGGCAACUGUGGUCAAUCGUGGCUACACUGCCGUCUCGUAUGCCGCUGGAUUUGGAAAUCUGGAGACUUUCGAUGUGCUGGUUGCAAGGGGUGCCGACCUCAAGGUGAUGACCUUACAAGGCCUUGGUGUGCUACACCUUGCUGCCCUUGAGCCAAGCAACACCCCUAUAAUGGAGGUGCUCCUCGACAAGGGGAUGGACAUCAAUGCCACAACCGAAGAAGGACAGACAGCCAUAGACUUGUCUGCUUGGAUUGGAGACAAGCCCAACAUCGAGUUUCUGUUGUCCAAGGGUGCUAAUCCGUCUCUCAAUGGAAUUCCUGUGUGUGGCUGCCUGGACACAAACCAAGGAUCGGUGUGUCCACCUGAAAACUGCCAGUCAAAGGAAGACAUAGACGAGAUCCAUGAUCUUCUGGGCAUUGAGGAUGGGAUCGAGCACCUUAUAGAUGCAGUGGCCGCUGGUGACGAGGAGGCUGUCGUGAGGCUCAUCAACGAUGGUGCCAAUGUAGAACAAACAGCUGCUGGUGGGGAGACCCCCCUCAUACUGGCCUCAACAAGGGGUCUUGAGGAGAUCGUCACCAUACUGCUAGAUGCAGGAGCAGAUGUCAACGCGACAGACAACAUCGGACUGACACCCUUGUGGGUGGCAUCAUUCUUCAACCAUCCCGCUGUUGUUAAAUUGCUAAUUGAGGCGGAUGCCGACAUUGAGGCAAUGGCAAAUGGCGGUACCUCCCUGCAUGUCGCCGCCACUGCUGGCGGUGCAGAGGUCAUUGAGCUGCUCAUCGGGGCCGGUGCAGACCCCGAUGUCAGAACUCCCCGGUCGCAGAGUACACCCAUAAUGUUUGCUGCUGAAGGCAAUCACCUGGAAGCGGUGCGGGCCCUGAUCGACGCGGGGGCCAAUGUCACGAUUCCGACUGCAGAAGGCCUGACCGCAUUGCACAUGGCUGCCACUGCAUCGGGCUCGGAGAAGAUCAUGAACAUCCUCCUUGGCGAGGGAAUCGACGUCAACGCGAGGGCCCUUGAAGACACCACGCCGGUCAUCAUCGCAGCCUACUAUGGCAACAGGGGUGCCGUCCUGUUCCUGAUCUCCAAGGGGGCGGACACUCAGAUCAGCACCGGCGGGCUCUUCGACGUGGUCUGCGGCUGCGUGGCGCACAUCUUCGACCCGAGGCUCCGGCAGUGCUCGGCGGGCGCAUGCCAGACCCAGGACGACAUCGACGAGAUCGAGGCCCUGCUGGGCGGCGACGUGCCCGAGGCCACGAUCCCGCCGCCAGGGAGCGCGCCGCCGGCGGCCGCCGGGAACUCCACCAGCAGGCCCGCCCUGGCGAGUGACGCCCCGGACUGCUCGAGCCUGCCGGACGUCGUGGCGCAGCUGGAGUGCGUGGCGGCGCUAACGGCGGGGUCCUCGUGA